AUGAUGAAAAACAAAAUAAGACUUACAGCUCUUGAUAUAAUGGCAUUAGUGACAGAACUAAAGUAAAAAUUGAUAGGGACAAGGUAGGGAAAUUGAAUAAUAAAAAGGCUUUCAAAUAUUUAUAAUAUUGAUGCUAAGACAUAUGUUUUUAAGUUUUCUGUCCAGGAAUCGAAAUCUUAUUUAAUAAUUGAAAAUGGUUUGAGAUUUAACCUUUCAGAUACGAUAGAGAAAAAUAAAGUACCUUCAGGAUUCACAAUGAAAUUUAGAAAGUUUUUAAGGAGCAGAAGAUUAGAGAGCAUAGAGUAGAUUGGAGUAGAAAGAGUAGUAGUAUUUACAUUUGGAAGGGAAGAUCAUACUUACUAUUUAAUAUUGGAAUUAUAUUCAUAAGGAAAUAUCAUUUUAGCAGAUAAAGAUUAUAGAAUAAUUUAAUUAACAAGAUAACAUGAGUUUUCAGAGAAUGUGAAGUAUAGAGUAUAAAGAUAAUUAGGGUUACUCCUAAUGAGAUUUAUCCAUUUGAAUAUACAGCAACAAAUUAUUUAGAGAAAUUUGAUACAUCAAUGGAGAGAAUAGUAAAAGUGAUAUGUGAGAAACCAGGUUAGAAGUUAAAAGAAGUAGUAUUUAAAUUGGUGCCUUGUUUACAUUAGUCAUUGACAGAUGAUAUAAUUUAAUAGUUGAAAAUGAAUUAGAAUGAAAAAAUAGUGAAUCAAUAUGAAAGUGUAAAGAAAGUAGUGGAUUACGCAAUGGAUUAUAUAAAUACAUAUCGAGCAUAGACAUAAUAUAAAGGUUACUUAUGCGCAAAGGAAGCACCUAAAGAGGCAGAAUAGAAACCAAAGUUUUUUGAUUUUGCUGCUGACAAAGCUACUUAUCAUGAAGGGAAAUAUAUUGUAGAGACAUCAACUUUUAAUGAGGCGGUUCAUUAAUACUUUUUAGUAGUAGAUAGACAAGAAGAAAAUAAAUAAUCAAUUGAAGAUAUAGCAUGGAGGAAAUUUGAAAAUAUUAAGUAGGAUUAAAUGAGUAGAAUUUAAAAAUUGUAGGCAGAAUAGGAUGAAUAUAUAAUAAAAGCAGGACUUAUCUAAGAAAAUAUUGAUGAUGUGUAAGCUAUUAUAGAUAUUAUUCAAAAGAUGAUGGAUAAUGGUAUUCCUUGGGACAAGAUUUAAAGGAUGAUAAAUGAUAGCAAAAAAGAAGGAAAUCCUCUUUCAAAUAUGAUUGGAGGAAUGAAUUUGGUAUUAAUAUUAUAUUAUUUUAAAAGAAAUAAAAUAAAGUGACAAUAUUGUUAGGGAAUAAAGAUGACGAAUAUUCUGAGUUGAUAUAAAUAGAAAUUGAUAUUACUUAAUCAGCUUAUUAAAAUGCCAGAAGAUAUUACGAAAGUAAAAAGAAAAAUAGAGACAAAGAAUUAAAAACUAAGGAGGCUGUAGAAUAAGCAUUAAAAUAAGCUGAGAAAACUGCUUUGAAAGAAAUAGAGAGAGAAAAAAACAAGAUAUAGAAAGUGUAAAAUCAAAGAAAAAAGUAUUGGUUUGAAAAAUUUUAUUGGUUUAUUUCAUCUGAUGGAUAUUUAGUAAUAAGUGGAAAGGAUGUAUAAUAGAAUGAAAUGAUAGUUAAGAAAUAUAUGAAUAAAGAUGAUAUUUAUAUGCAUGCUGAUAUUUAUGGAUCAGCUUCAACAAUAGUAAAGAAUCCUAAUGAAGUUCCUAUUCCUGAAUCAACAAUUAUGUAAGCAGCUACUGCUACAAUUUGCAGAUCUAAAUCUUGGGAUGCUAAAAUUGUUGUUUCUGCAUGGUGGGUACAUGCAUCUCAAGUUAGUAAAGGUGCACCAACAGGUAUGAAUAUACCAGCUGGUUCUUUUAUGAUUUAUGGAAAAAAGAAUUUUAUUUAUCCUCCUAGAUUAGAAAUGGGUUGUACUAUUUUAUAUCAAUUGGAUUAAGAAAGUAUUAAAAGACAUGAAGAAGAAAGAAAAAAAAAAUUAAGAGAAGAAUAAUCUUAAGUUGAUGAAUCUGAAUAACAAGAAUCUGAAAUUAAUGAAAAAAAUAUUCUUGAUUCUGACAAUGAUGAUAACGAUGAGAAUCCUAAUGACAAUAAAGAUGAAUUAAUUGAUCUUUCAAAAACUAAUUCUGUUUAAACUAUUCAAUAAGGUGAUAAAGAAUAUACUAUUGUUGAAGUCAAUCCUAAUGCAAGAAUAAUAUAAUAAAGAAACGAUAAAAAAUAAAAAGAAAAAGAUUCCUAAUAAAAUUAAUAGAUUUAAUAAUCAUAAUCUAAAUAAUAAUAAUAAUAAUAGUAAUCUAAAUAAUAAUAACAAUCUAAACAAUCAUAAUAAUAAUAAUAAUAAUAAUAAUAAUAACAAAAAUAAAAUGUAAAAUAAUCUGAUAAUGAUAGUUCUGAUGAUGAUAAAAAAAAUUAAAAAAAUCCUAAGACUUAAUAAGUUAGAGGCAAAAAAAAUAAAAUAAAAAAAAUUAAAGAAAAAUAUGCUGAUCAAUCAGAUGAAGAGAGAGAGUUAAGACAAAAGCUUAUGGGAGCAACAUAUAUGAAAAAUGAAGUCAAACCAGAUAAAAAAAAGAAAGAUAAAGAGAAAAAUGAGUUAAUCAAAUAAAACUAAGAAUAAGAUUAAACUUAGCAAUAAUAAUCAAAACAACCUUAAAAUAAAGAUAAAGAAUACUAUAAAAAAUAAUAUCAAUAAGAAUCUAUUACAGAAAAGUUGCUUAAAUAAUAGGGAAUUGAAGUUACAAAACCAGAAAAUAAUACCGAUUAAUAACUUUAAUAAACAGUUGUAUAAAAGGAAGAAUUAUAAUCAUAAUAAUAAGAACUCUAAAUACAAUAAUAAGAAAUUAUUUAAUAAUAAGAACCAGAAAUUCCAGUUAGUAAAUAAGAAGACUUAGAUAGCGAUGAUUAAAAAUAAGAAAAACAACCUGAAUAAGAAGAAGAAAACAUUGAAUAUACUGAAAUGUAAAAACUUGUCUCCUAUUUAUAUGCUGAUGGUAAAAAUAUUCAUAAUUAUUUUUAGAUAAAUAUUUGAGUCUUAUACCUAUGGUUGCUCCAUAUUAAGUGAUAGGUAAUAAUAAGUUUAAAAUUAAAAUGGCACCAGGUUCUUUAAAAAAAGGAAAAGGUAAAUGUUGUUACAAAUAUUUUAGCUGGUAAAGAAAUAUUAAAUUUCUUUUUGGCUCACAAGGACGUCACUAAUCAAGAAAGAUAAUUAUUAAAAAUGAUUACUGAUGAAGAAAUUGUUCAAACUAUGCUAUCUGGUGUUAAAUUAACAGGAGUUGGAAUGCUUUAAAUGAAAUAAAAAGAGAAAUAAUUAAAAAAACAAUAACCUAAAAAAAAUAAAUGAGU